GUGUAACAUUGUGUGAGCUCUGUGUGUGUGACAUUGUGUGAGCUCUGUGUGUGUAACAUUGUCCCUGAAUUGUGUGUGAGUGCCUGCUCAGUGAGUGUGUAACAUGCCAGGAGGCUCUCAGGAAACAACUCCCAGCAUGGCACAAUCUCUCUCCUGCUUCCUCCUGGGGAUUGGCACCACUUAUCUCUACUAUUACUGGAGACACGUCUGCAAGAGACCUCGCUUGGUGUCUGCACCUUGUUUCCGCUUCUUCCUUGAGUCUCGAUGUCACGUGGUAAACGAUGUAUACCGGCCAACAUUUUGGUGUCUUGAAGGACGCUUACAGACGAUUCUCCGUGUCCUUCUUCUGUCCAAACCACUUGUGUCCUACAGAAAUGAAAUUAUCCCAACGACUGAUGGGGGUCAGAUAUCACUGGACUGGACAGAUAGUGGAGACUCCUCUUGCUUCCCUGAUGGCUCCAAGAGGCCAACAAUCAUCUUUUUACCAGGGCUCACAGGGAACAGCCGUCAAACCUACAUAUUGCACUUAGUGAGACAAGCCAGUGGGGAUGGCUAUCGGAGUGUUGUGUUUAAUAACCGUGGCUUUGGCUGUGAAAAACUACUGACCCCUCGAACAUUCUGUGCUGCUAACACCGAGGAUCUCAGCUUGGUGGUGGGUCAUGUGCGCAGUCUAUAUCCUGCCGCUCCACUCCUGGCUGUUGGUGUGUCCUUGGGAGGGAUGAUGCUACUGAAUUACCUAGCUACUACAGGAGACGACUCGCCGCUUUGUGCCGCUGUCUGCGUAUCCUCUCCCUGGAACGUGUUUGUGUCAACUCAGUCUCUGGAGCAACCUUUAAAUUACUUUCUCUUUAACAGCACCUUGACCAGGGGACUCAAAAAAACUGUGAGAAAAUACGUAGACAUCAUUGCGCAAGCAGUGGACGUGAAUUACGUACUUCAGUCUCAUUCUAUCAGGGAGUUUGAUGAACGAUAUACAUCCGUUAUAUUUGGUUUCCCGACAUGUGAUGAUUAUUAUCGUGCUGCUAGUCCUUACAACAAAUUAAGCAAAAUUCGCACCCCGGUUCUUUGCCUCAAUGCUUCAGAUGACCCAUUUUCACCAAAUGAUGCUCUUCCUGUGGAUCAGGUUUCUCAUCACCCCAAUGUGGCUAUACUGAUCACGAGUCGCGGGGGGCACAUUGGUUUUCUGGAAGGGCUUUUCCCAAACCAGCAGAGAUACAUGAAUCGUGUUUUCAGCCAGUUUGCAAAGGCAGUUCUGCAGCACAGCAAGGACCUUGGUGGAGGAGACGCAAGAAACGAACAUCAUUAAUAAAUUCAUAUUAACAAGUCA